CGGAAGUGCGAUCUGAAUACAGCAUUUUUAAAUGUAAUUUAUGUAUUUCCAUUAAAAACAUGGAAUUGGUUCGAUUUUACCAAGUGUAUUCCCACGCAACUAAUUGUCGUACCACAUAACUUAUUUAAACCUAAUUCAAUUAUUGACGAACUUUGACAUUAUGACGUCAUUUUCAAGAGCGCGCGACAGUUAAAAUAAAAACAGAAGAAGCCAAGUUGCAGAGGUUCCCGUCCUAACAAACUUCGUUUAUCAUCUAUUCUAUGGCCUCCAAGGUUUUAUCACGUGUUAAAGAGUUUUUUAACACACUCAGGGAUCUUCAAGAAGACAAGAAUAACCAUUUGAUCACUUAUGCGGAUGAUAUCCAAAUAUUGAAAAACCAUGGAGACAGAAUUUCUCUCUUAAAUGUUGACUACGGAGACCAGGAAGUCUUCAUUUGUGAAAAAGUUGCCCCGAAACCAAAUGACUCCAAUAAUGAGUCAGCGCUUGAGACAUCAAACUCCAUCGAAGACGAUGAAGGUGAUGUGUUGACUGCUCUUGAACCUGAAACUGAACUGACACCACAACCUCUCACCAUGGAAAAAGCAAGGCAAUUGCUGUCUUGGUAUACGUUAUCGCAAAAUGCCAACGUUCAUUCUGUGGAUGAUCCAUCGUUGCGACCUCUUUGGGUACGAUGUGACAUGUCAGAUCCAGCUCGUACAACCUGGGUUGGAGCAGAAGGUGUCUGUGUCUCCAGUAAAGUCUGUGGUGUCAAAUUAUACUCUGUCACAUGUACAGGCCCUGUGGUGAACCAAAGUUCAUUCAUAACAUUAGAUGAGCUAAAACAAGAGCAUAAGAGAAGGCAUCACCCAUCUACGAUGGCAAUUAAAGGAAGCGCCCAGUUCAUCAUGUUAGGCUCCUCUGUUGUUGAAAACACUACAAUUGAGUCACAAAGUAGAUUGGUAGUGGAUUUCAAGUGGAACCAUGUUGAGAAGGUCCUUGAAACACCCCCGCUGUCCUCUACAGCCACACUAAAUAUCAAAGUUGCCAGUGGAGACAAGAAGAGUCCCAUGUUUAAGGUGUUCAGGGAGCUGCAGUUUCUUCAGAUUCUUGCUGAUGGGUUGAGAAAUGGUGAGAUUAAGUGGAUGGAUCCUUUGGAGUGCAAGUCAGCAGUGGAUCUGACCAAGGAAUACCUUGAAGAGCUACAGAAGCCCAUAAGUUCACAACAGGAACAGGCCUCCAAACCAACAGUGGCUGACCAUGAAAUCAACCCUCCACUUUUUAACACUUUGCUGGAACGAGGCGAUUUGGACUUUGUGGAGCAGCUCUGGGUUCGCAUGAGAAAGAGUGUGGUAUCCUAUGAAGACAUCGUAGACUGCCUGAAAUUGGUCAUCGAGGCCUUGACUUAUGACUACAUAAAGCCUUGGAUUCACAGUGACAAUAGCAGCUCUCUCGGCAAGCUCAUCCGACAGUCUUACGACCAAACGAUCGAACAUGUGUCGCUUACAGGCCUCACGCCUGUCCAAAUGUUGUUAGAAAUGGGCCUUGACAAGAUGAGGAAAGAUUACUUAAACUACCUCAUUGGAGAAGAAUUGACAACUUCAAACAACUUGAGUUACUACCAGAACACAGAAGUGGAUCUACAGGAGCAAGUUGUACGCCUGAGGAAACUGCACCAUCUGCUGGAAGUUGUUAUGACUUGUAAAACAUUCCUAGAUCUGCCCUAUGACAGAUGUUUACUUCUUACACAGUUGUGUUUACAGCACAACAAAACAUCUACAUAUGAUGAGAAUCAUGAGUUCAAACUCCAAAUCGCACCAGUGUUGAUUGCUCAAUUUUACCAGAAAGAAUAUCCAGCUCUGUGGAGAGCAGAAGUGUCUAGUGGGCAAGAGCCUCACAAAGUCAAGACAUCAUUGCAGGUCAGCGACAGACCAGUCAUUGAUCAUGUCAUGUUUGAAGCAGAUUAUCAAGAUAAAUCAGUGGACGAUGACAGCUCAGAGCCUGUCUGGUUCUCCACCUUGGUGAGCUGCAGCCUUGUGAAAUUUGCCUGAAUUUAAAACAUCAAUGUUUCAUACAACUACAACCAUGAAGCAAAAACAAGAUACUGCCGGUAUUUUCACAGCAAUAGUUUAAUGGGAGAAUUACAAAUUGUGCAGCGUUUUUGUUAUAGCGAACACUGUUGUCACAUCAAAUUGAAAUCAAAUCCAAAUAAAAUAUUUUUGCUAACACACAGUU